AUGGACAUUUAUGAGGAGUGCAAUUUGCUUCGUACCGAGGUUGAGAGUGCUGCUGUGCAGGCUCUCGAUUUGGGAGAUUCGCAACUGUUCGACUAUUUAGCGGAUGUUUCACAUGCAUCCAGUAGGAUCUUGGAGACUUGUGAUAGAAUUGUUAAUCCUCAAAAAACCACGAGUCGGGAUUUUAAUGCAAGAGGUGAAGAUGGAAUGAUGGAUCGGGGAUCCAGAAAUGAUUGGGGAUUUGACUCCAUACGUUCUGUACCUAAAAGCGUGAAUAAUGAUGACAAUUGGGCGAACUUUGAUGACUUUGAUGAUGGAAAUAUGGGUGCCGAACCCUUACAGUACGGUAUGGAUGCUGCUCCUAGAGGAAUGGAUUCAGCAUCUCAAUAUAGGGGCUCAGUACAUGGCAGGGAUUAUUCACACCAAGCUCCAAAAUUUAAUGCCGAGUUUGAUAGAAUGUCCAUACAUAGCAGAAGACAUGCACAGUAUGACGAUUUUAGAUCGCGUGGAAAUGUUGAGUUGGAACGUAGCUACUCUACAGGUUAUAUUCCACAAAAUGCAGUUGUUUCUCCAGAUAUUCAACAGGCUAUAGACCCAAAACAUAUGAAUGAAUCACUUGAAACAUACUAUAUAAGUCUUUUGGAAAUGUGUUUGGAUAGAGGCCUACAGGACCGACUUUCUGGAAAGCCCCUACGCUCUAAAGUUGAUAUUCUAGAGGAGUCUUUAUCACCACAUAUGGAGAUGAUGCAAGAUCCACAUUAUACUGCGCGAUCCAGAAUGCCUGACGAAGCUUCUAGACCGUCUGUACGUAACCGACAGGGAGCUCCAGCCUAUGACUCGCAUAGAAGCUCCGUUCACGGAUCACAUGUUACCCUUGGUAAGGAUGGUUCAGGACAUUCGCAAAUAUAUGAAACACAGGAUUCAAAACCACAGGCAACACACGUUGAUGUUGCAGCGGCUUUACGGGAGGCACACUCGGAUAUUAUUUCUAGCGUAGAAAAAUACAAGCUGUGUACUACAGAAUCGGUUGACAGAUAUGAAAAAAUGUUUAAAGUGCAGAUAACACCAAACAGUACCGUGGAGCACCUUGUUCGUGCAAUUCCAGAUGGCGGUUUGUCUUGCUAUCUUGCAAAGCAUGCUAUUGGAUCUGACGAAUUAUUUAACUGUCAUAGGUUCACAAUUUACAUGAAAAACGAUAGAUUUUGUACGGAUGGUCACACACAAGUUAGAGUAUCGUUGGUACCGAAAACACAGGGCCUUGAUAUUUCCCUUUCCAUAAAGGGUACCAGGGACACAGCAGCAUCUUAUAAUGUAAAGAGGGGUAGCGAGGUAAUUUUGGACGCAAAAGUCGCUGUUACCCCAAAGUUCCCAAAGUUGGUUGUUACAUGCGUAGAAUCUGAUGGUUCAAUUUCAUCUCUCACACUGGAUAUUCCAAUUGGUGAUUUCAUUACGCUUGUACCUCUAAAAUACACUUUGGACCAGUUUGCAGAUCUUUGGAGUUCUAUAGAGCUUUCAGUUUCUAGACAAUUGCGACUAUUUCAUUGCAAGAGCGCAGAUGUUCACAAUAUUGUCCCUCUCUGUUUGCCUUUAUUCUCCAUUUAUAUCCACGAGAAUAUCCUUCUAUUGAGUUCUUCUGGUUCUGAUGUAAUUUUGGCUACGAUUUAUGUGCAAAAUGGUAUUUUGGUUGUCCAGAUUAGAAGUGUAUGUGCCGAUUUGAUAGCGAGCACUUUUGCGAUUCUGAAGGAAUUGCUAUCGACAAUAGAGGUAAAGGAAGACGCAGAACUUGCAGGGAGAGUAUUAAAGGGGCUUGAUAGCCUGCCAAUCGCAUUUAAAAAGGAGGAAGAUCAUAUUCCUAGUGGACAGGAAGUUAAACCUGUUGCCACGAAAAGCACAUUUAGCAAACCAAUCCCAUUUAGACUAGAGCCUGGUAAAUAG